AUGGAAAAUGGUGGUGAAAGAGCAGGCCAGUGAAUAUUAUAUCUCAAGCAACUAUUCGCCAUCGUUGAUGGUCGUACAUCGUGUCGUUAAAACUCUCAGUGUCGCAUAUUAACCUGUAAUGCCGUAUUAUUGUGCUUAAUGGAACCAUUGAGGGCAGCAAUAUUGAUCUGAAUUCGACCUACAAUAAAUUAAAGAUAAACAAAAAGCAAUAAAAAAAAAUGUCGUCGGCUCAAGUAGAUCGCACAUCAAAAGUCGGUCAUGUGGGGAAAAAAGAAAAUGAAAAAACUCGUAAAAUGUUUAAUCAAUCGCGUCACUUUAAAUUUAACCGUAAACGAUCACAAAGUUUCACCGGCGGAAAUACAAAUAAAUUUUUUCCGCCGUACAAGAGGCGAAAAAAAGAUGGGGGAAUAAUCCCUCCAACAAAAUUUUUACUCGGUGGUAAUAUUUGUGAUCCAUUAAAUUUAAACAGUAUGCAAGAUGAAGAAAUAAAUCGUGCUAUGAAUGCUGUUACGCCUAAAUCAAGUCCAUUACCAACACCAAAACACCGUAAGGGAACAAUCGAAGUAAUAAUACCCCCGAAUAUAAAUGACCCGCUCAAUUUAAGCAACUGCAAUGACGACGAGUAUGAAAAGCAAUUGAUAUCACCAACAAAGAAGUUUUCAAAGCGGCGCAAUAGAAAACGCAAGCGCGCUUCAUCGGGAUCUGGAAAAGAAGAUGUAAGUCACAGCGGCAGCGAAACAACGGAGCUAAAAUCUGAUGAGCUCACUCUGCUCAAAUCAUCAAACCCAAAAGCCACUGUAACAAUAUCUUCUUCGUCAUCAGAAGCGUCUACGGAGUCAACGACGCCAGUAAUAACUCCAACUUCCACUGAAGCACCAACAGCAGCUAUGGUGACCUUAGAUAUGUCAUUGACUUCAGUAGUUCCAGAUGAAGAGUCCACUGAAAUCAUAACGGCGGAAAUGGUAUUUGCAGAACCAGCAGUACCAACUUUGUCGCUUGCAGCUUCAUUACCAGCAUUACCUGUCGCUGCGAUCACAGUGCCCUCGCAGCCAUCUAAGGAAGACAAGGUAUUACAAUUACAGGAAGCUAACGAGCUUGCAAUCAAUCAGCAGACGCAGCAGCUCAAGGACAACAAAGAAUCUAAAGAAACAAGCGUUGAAACCCAAAGUCCCCAGAAAGACAAGAACAAAUUGCGACUAAAGGGAUUGGACAUGGAACCCAAAGACAAGCGGCUGCGCAAGGUGGACAUCAAAGAUAAAAUAGUCAGCCCGGUAAUUCCCCAACCCGGUGCUUGGAAGAUAAGGCCGGCUCACAGACCUAACCAGGACAAAAAAAAGAAAGGACAAGAUGGAUUAGUAAUUCCCAAAUUUAAGCCGAAAAAUGCGCGCUAUCAGUUCGGUAAUUAUGAUCGCUAUUAUGGAUAUCGCAAUUUCAAUAUGGAAAUAGAUCCUCGGCUGACGGUCUUUGCACAACGCAGAGAACUCUUUUAUAAUAAAGAUAUUCUUGAUAUCGGGUGUAAUAUUGGACAUAUCACCUUGUCAGUAGCACGACAUUUAGCAGCACGCAGUGUUACGGGGAUUGAUAUUGAUCGUAAGCUGAUUGGGAUCGCCAGAAGUAAUAUCAAACAUUAUGUCAACUGUGCUAGAUCACCGGCUGGUAAUGAUGAUGAAGCUGGUACUAGCAAUGAUUGUGAUUCUAGUUUCUUUCCGAUGUCCAUGCCCAUCACUUAUGGUCCUAUUGAUGUACCAGGUUUCACCAAGAAAAACAAGGAUAAAGGCUUUCCUUAUAAUGUUACAUUUGUACAAGGUAACUAUGUACUCGAAGAUGAUUCUCUAUUAAAGUCCGAACAACCACAAUUCGAUACAAUUCUCUGUCUGUCAAUCACCAAAUGGAUUCAUUUAAAUCACGGUGACGCUGGAUUGAAACUGGCAUUCAAGCGUAUGCACGCACAGUUGCGUCCCGGUGGGGUUCUAGUAUUAGAGGCGCAAGGUUGGCCAAGUUAUGGGAAGAAGAAAGGAUUGACCGAACGAACUUAUAGAAAUUAUCACAGCAUAGAAUUCUUCCCUCAAAAAUUCACCCAAUAUUUGAUAUCGCCCGAAGUAGGAUUCACUCAGUGCGAAGUAGUCUCAAUUCCCCCGCACCCAUCAAAAGGGUUCCAGCGACCAAUACAACUAUUCAAAAAAGCCGGAACAAGUCCCCCGUCACGUCCAAUUUCAGCAGCACCAUCACCGUCGAAGAUGACGCGUUUCGUAGCCCGAGCGCAAGAGAAGAAAGAUUCCGAGAUGCGCGCAUUUGAGCGUGAUUUAUUUCCAAUACACAAGAGCCCAGUUAAUAAACAAAGUGGAAAUUUGUCAAAUUUGAGUCAACGCAGCAGCGAAUCAAUGAGUAGUCAUUACGAACAAUUGGAAAAUGUUUACGCGCCGAGUUCAACGCCUUGUUACGACACACCCAGUCACAAUGAAAACAGUCUAUCGGCAUUUGAACCUGAAAAGAUGUGCUAUGUUGAUGUCUCGAUAAACCCCAGCAACAAAACAGAUGACGGUUUAAUUGUCCAACCACAAACUCCCGCCACCACUAGCACUGAUUGUGAUGACGCUACUAGGCAUGUUGAAAUCAUCAAAUUUAAUGACGUAGACACGAGAACUGACAAUGAGCGUAAAAGAAAAACCAAUGAAAUUAACUAUCAGUCGGAUAUUAAGAAAAAAAAAGCAAAUGAUGAUAGUGAUAAUGAUGAUGAUGAAGAAGAAAGACAGAUGGAUGUCAUACCAAAGCAAAUUUUAAAAAAAGUAAAUGACUACGUCCAAGUUAUUCAAGAUUUAGAAACUCAGAGACCACCUAAGGAUUCUAAUAUCUCUGAUUCAGUUGCAAAUAAUACAUAAAUUUAGUUAUUGCUAUUCAUGAUAAACAAGGUGCUUAUUUAAGUUUUUUUUUUCGUCUAUGUUUUACAGUCUUUCUUACAGAGAAAAACAUUUUUUAAGCAGUGAUAUUUAAGGAGCUUAAAUUUGAAAGGUGAUUAUUUCAGAAAUUAUAGAAUUUUUAAAUCUUGAUCAAAUCAGAAUUUUUUAGUGAAUUUCAAAUGAUA